UCCGAGCAAGCGUCGCCGUCGCGCAGCAUCGAUGAACUGGAACGCUUGGUACAACAUUUUGUCGCAGCCAAGCGCUCUCUGUCCUCGACCGCUUUGGUCUCGCGAGCUCACGAUGUCGUGACAACGGCUAGACAUCUUGUCGAGGAGUCAGCCGUACUGUCAGCCAAGAAUGCCUUUGUAAGGCAAGGAGUGUUGGAGCAAGCGAACGUCUUGGUGGCUGUGAGAGAUGGUCUGGACAGCAUCGGCCGCGAGACUGAUGUUGAUUUCAAGAGGCUUCAACUCACAGCGUCAGNNGCAGUGAUACAUCAACUCGAUCUCGCCGACAACCGCCUCCAAGCCACUUUGGCACAACUGAUCAACACCCAAGUAGACACGUCAGAACUGCACUCGCGGGGUGCCACUGCCGACAAACAGAAGACACUGCACGACUUUAUCGACGAAAAUACACAUCUUAACCUCAUCGAAUCUCUUCGCAGCACUAUCGACUCGCACAAAGCAGCCGAAGCCGACUUUCAACACUCCCAAGACUCAUUCGACGAUCAGAUCCGCUUAGUCGACGCUGCGGUAAAUGAUGCCGAUCAAGCUACCGAGAACCAAGAUGACCUCUCCUCCGUACCGCCACUUUUCCAUGCUCUUACAACACAUGCCACCGAGAUGGCUUCACUGCUAAGCUCUUUGGUCGCACACUAUGAUCUAUGCACGUCGGCGCUCAAGCAUACCGAAGGAGGAGGUGAAGCUGCUCGACAAGCCAACCCCUCCUCUGCCUUCGAUGCUCCAGAAGACAGUCUGUACAAGAACCUGCCACUAGGUCCUCUUAACGAACAAGAACGCCAGGAGAUGCUUGCCAUUGUGGAUAAUGACGCCCAAGAGGUUGAAGAUGUCGUGCUUGAGAUUGGCGAACGUCUUUCAGAGAUGGAAACAACACUUGACCAGCUGCAAUCACUCUCGCAAGCCCUUCGCCUACGCCACAAACUUCUCAACCGUGUGCUGGAUUUGCUUCGCACGCUUGGAGGCAACCUCCCCAUGUUCAUAGCUGCCGCCAAGCUUUAUGGCAAUAGCUGGAAUACACUCAAGGAAACUCUGCUUGUAAAGGCCGAGGAGUUAGCUUCCUUGACUGACUUUUACGACUCCUUCAUCACAUCUUAUGCCUCGUUGCUCGAGGAGGUAACCCGCCGACAUGCCGUCGAGAGUCGGAUGCAGCGUAUAGCUGAUAAGGCUCGUCGUGAGAUCGAGGUACUAUACAAAGAGGAUGUUGCUAUGCGCGAAGACUUUGUUCGUGGGACUGGCGAAUUUCUGCCUCGUGACAUCUGGCCUGGUUUGGUCGAUGCUCCAAGGCGCUGGGAGAUUAGAGCUGUGUCGCCUGAAGUACAGCAGGAACCGCUUCAAGACAGUGGAGAGCAAUGA